AUGAAGUCUCUCCCAGUCCUAUGGACUUCCAUCUGGGCACUUUGCCAGUUAAUCCAGCCAAUCGUCUUGGUCAACGGUCCCACUCACAGCCUGAAAAGGAAUUUCGAGGAUGUUGGCGAGCCGCUUGAGAUGGCGGCAGAGAAUGAAAGAGUAUUUCAUGAAUGCGAACGAUUGAAGUUGGGCUCCGAUGAACAACCUGGCUACAGAUCUGAACCUCAUGCAAGCGCUUCUGAUGAUCAAAAGUUCAAUGAUUUUCCGUAUGGCAAACCUCCCACCGCACCAGGUGGAGUUGAAAAUGGGCACAAUGCACCCAUUGGACUGCCAGCAGUCACCACCCCAACACCUCACAUAGCAAGCUACAUGUUUGAAAUUCCAGCAGACUAUCCCUAUGUAGGCCUUGGUCCUAUUCCUGAUUCGUUCAAUGUCGACAAAAUUCCAUUCUUUGCGCCAAAAUAUGUAGACUUCGGCAAUCUUUCUCGCCUCACUGAAUGGUUACCAGAGUUUCAAAAGACCAAGGCAAAAGCGAAUUCCAAUUCUGAGGAACAGCUUAAGUACCUUCCUGUGGUUAUGCUACCUUUUGUUGGCAGAUCAGUUGGCCACGACCCGGUGAAUAGCCUUCGUGUAGUAAAUCAGGAAAAUUUUUACGAAAGCGACAGAAAGAUUAGACAUUUGGUUGAAACUUUGCGAAAUUGGCUUUUUUCACAUCAUUAUCGUUUGUCAAAACGGUUGGGUAUAUCAGACUAUGCACGAGUACAAGACCGAAACUCUAUGCAUGAGUGGUUCAGACAAGGCCUUUUCAAACCAUUACAUAGUCUUCCAGCCACCGGAAAUGUGGACCGUGCUGCCCGUAAAAAAGGCCUCGGAUUAUUCCAACGAUGGGUGAUAUGGUACCUUUACUCUGAGGAUCUGGAACGAACCGCAUCUAUCACCGCAGCUGCACUGAAUGGACUGUGGCGGAAGGAUGUCGCUCAAUACCAAUGGCAAAUGAUCAUGGAGGAGAAUGAUUGUUUUUGGACCUUUGUCUCAACUCAUGUACCGGAGCUUGACCAGGAGGGGAAAGGAGUCAUAUUUCCACCAUUCAAGCCAAAGAAGCAUGCAAACCAGUUGCCUCAUCUUGGAAUGAUGGACAUGAAAGAUCUUCCCCUUCGCGAUGCGUUGCAAUUCACCAAUUUGAUCAUCAAGUCUCCAGCCCCACAAGAAGAAAUAUUAAAUAUUGAGAAGGCUAUAGUCAAUAAAAUCAAAAACAUUUAUGGCGCAGUGGAAGAAGUGAACAAAGAAGGCAGCACACCUUCAAUCCCCCCAACAAGAUUUUUUGAAAUGCGCGCCAUCUUGGAGCCUGCAGUAGAAAGUGGCACCAAUAAACUAGGGUUUACAAUAAGGCUCAUUGAUGAAAAAGCUGAAAAGAUCCCCUUAGAGACAAGUGAAGAAAGGUUGAAAGAAAUGCUAGAAUCUCUCAGAUGGUGGCAUGAAAAUUUGCAGUUGGGAUUAAAACAAUCAGGAAUUCCAUUAAUUCCAAACUCUCACCAACUUUUCCUAGAGUGGCUAGAAACCAUUUUAUAUGGGGAAGAUAAUAGUUUACCUGUGUUUGGCUUCAUUGAUCUGAACAAUGGAAUGAUAAUAUCUCAGGGUCCACCAGCAUUUGGCAUCAUACAAAGAUUUGUGAUACAUCGUUUGGCUACUGAUCCAUCAGUCAAGAUCAUUUUGGAAGAUGGCCCGAGCGCGGCUGGGGUUCUAACAUCAUCUGCAACUGAUGAAAUGGCUGUUUUAUCUCAUUGGUAUCGUUUACAAUUUGGAAAAUUUUGGCGUGCUCAUCUCCAGGACAAGGUCAAACUCAUGGAGAUUUAUAAUAAGGGUUUAGCCAGUAGAAAUUUCAAGUUCCACUCAUCAGUCUGAUCUUCUUCUUCAAAACUUACAAAUACUCAAAGGUCUUAGACUCUUACAUCCACAUUGUGAAAUCCCAAAGAUAGAACCAUCAAUUUUGGAGAUUGAAUUGCUCUUUAUCAACAACAUCCUACCCCUGAAAUGUCAUUGCAAUCAAUUU